AUGGUUGGUGGCAACGUGAACGAAGUGGACUUCUUGUUCAUGAAGGCAAGUGAUGCGAAAAGAGAACCAACGGAAGAUACAGCUGUUCUUCAAUUGCCUAGCAACCACGGCGGGUUGUGUGAUGUGACAUUAUACGUCCCUCCUAGAGAAUGUGCUGUUCUCAAUGAAGCUUUGGAUAACCUUCCAUGGACAUUUCUGUCAUGGUCGAUCCACCGAGGGCUUCGCGAUAUCCUGGUUACUUUUGCAAAGGGAAGGAUGGACCAUUUUCGCACCUCUCUAGCAGACACACUCCGUUUUGCGGUAGGAAAAUGGCCAGAAAAAUUGGACGCUAGAGGGUGGAAUCCGCGUUUUGUUAGGGAAGACAUGGCAGACUUGGCUGCAAGCGCUGUCUUGGCUGGCCGGGGAAAUUCUGGUGACGCCGUUCGAGUCGUAACUGAAAUAGCAGCCAUGUUGUGGGACGGCUCUAUUUCAGCUCUCGAUGAGACACAGUUCUGGAGGCAUGCAAUUCCCGAACCUUCUCCGAUCCUCAGCCCCAUGGUCGUUGUCGCUCUUGUCAAGUGCUUCGUGUUGGAGUGGAGUAUUGACUUGGACUACCAGAUGUACCACGAUUUGCCGUUGGAGAUGUAUCUUGGGUGA